AAUAAUGGGGAGUAAAGCAAACAAGCUGUUGCUGCGAAUCAUAUUAGCACCCAUUAUGAUUCUCAGUAAAGCCAGAGACUUCUACGUAAAGAGGAUGCUAGAGUGUGGCGGAAGGGUUGGAUAUAACGCCGUAAUAAUCGGUGGUCCGGCAGUGUCUCAAAGUGUGUACUUGCCUGAGAGUUGCAGUGUUGUUAUCUCUUCAGAAGGAGGCAACCAAGAUGAAGAAUUCAGACAACUUUUGCAGCGUACUAUGAGGGAAUCAUUGAACAUGAGUAAUCGACAAAGGUUAGAGCUAAGACGAAGGACAAUGGAGUUUAGUGAUAUGGGGAGAAGUUAUAGUGUUGGGGUGGGGAAGAUUGGGAGAAUUGAUGAGGAUAAGCCUUGUUCUUUUAGAGAAGUUGAAGAUGAAGAUUCGUUUGCUAAAAGUAGAAGCCAUGCCCUUAGGAGAAAUGUUGUGAAUUAUUGCUAGUGCAUGGA